AUGCCUCGUGAUCCAAACACCUUGUCGAAUUACAACAAUUGGAGAACCAAGCAUACGAUCGCCGAUUUAGCUAUUGAUUUCAAGAAACAACGGGUUCAUGGCACAGUUACACUACAGCUUGAAUCCAUUACGGACAAGGAAUCUGAAGAGAUCAUCCUUGAUACUAGCUUCGUUGAUGUGCAAAAGAUUGCUGUUGACGGAAGUAAAACCGAAGAAUGGGUUCUCAAGGAACGCAAUGAACCAUACGGCAGCCCUCUUUCUGUGAAGAUCCCAGGUGGAGCAGCAAAGGGUACCAUUAUUGCACUCGACAUCACCAUUUCCACUACCGACAAAUGCACAGCUCUUCAAUGGCUUACUCCCGCUCAGACCUCGAACAAAAAGUUCCCAUACAUGUUCUCUCAAUGCCAAGCCAUUCAUAACCGCUCUAUCUUCCCGUGUCAGGAUACUCCUGAUGUGAAGAGCACAUAUGAUUUCCGAAUUCGUUCUCCUCUUCCCGUUCUCGCAAGUGGCUUGCCUCGUGGUGCAGCAUCGUUUGUUCAUGGUGAAAAUGGAGAAUCUGGUACUCUUCUCUACUCCUUUUACCAGGAGAUUCCUAUGCCAUCUUAUCUCUUUGCUCUUUCAUCAGGUGAUAUAGCUACUGCAUCUAUCGGAUCACGUUCUCUCGUUUCCACUGGACCAGAGGAGCUCUUAGGAGCCAAGUGGGAACUCGAGAGAGAUACCGAGAAGUUCAUUGAGACUAUUGAGAAAAUCGUCUAUCCUUAUGAAUGGACUCAAUACAAUGUUCUGGUCUUACCUCCAAGUUUCCCGUAUGGUGGUAUGGAGAAUCCAGUGUUUACUUUUGCUACACCCACUAUCAUUAGUGGAGAUAGAGAGAACGUUGAUGUGAUUGCUCAUGAAUUGGCUCAUAGCUGGAGUGGCAACUUAGUAUCUAAUGCUAGUUGGGAACAUUUCUGGUUAAACGAGGGAUGGACGGUGUAUCUAGAGAGACGAAUUAUCGCUGCUGUUCAUGGAGAAGCAUAUAGAGACUUUUCCUCGAUUAUUGGAUGGAAAGCUCUUGAGGAUUCCGUAAAGCUAUUUGGCGAAGAUCAUGAGUUCACCAAAUUAGUUGUUGACCUUAAGGGUAAAGACCCGGAUGAUGCUUUCAGCAGUGUCCCUUAUGAAAAGGGUUUUCACUUCCUCUACUAUCUCGAGAGACUUGUUGGUAAACCAACCUGGGAUAAAUUCAUUCCGCAUUAUUUCACAACAUGGAAGAAAAAGUCUCUUGACUCUUAUGAGUUCAAAGCUACUCUUCUUGAUUUCUUCGCUUCUGAUGAGGCUGCUUCUAAAGCUCUUGAGUCGGUUGACUGGGACUCAUGGUUUUACAAGCCAGGUCUUCCACCAAAGCCAGAAUUUGACACAAGCUUGGUUGACAAAUGCUAUGCUCUAGCCAAGAAAUGGGAGUCAAAGGACUUCGUACCUUCACCAUCGGAUAUCGAAGGUUGGUCCGCGAACCAAGUGGUCGUCUUCCUCCAACAAGUCCAACUCUUCACCACUCCCCUCACCCCAUCCCAAAGUCAAGCAAUGGGUAAAGCCUAUUCUCUCGUCGACACUCAAAACGUCGAACUUAGCUCCCGCUAUUUCGGCGUCGGUCUGGCUGCAAAAGAUGAAUCCGUAUAUCUUCCCACUGCUGAGUUAUUGGGCAAGGUUGGUAGGAUGAAGUUCGUGAGAACACUAUACAGAAAAUUGCUAGUGGUGGAUAGAAAAUUGGCAGAGGAAACUUUUGAGAAGAACAAAGAUUUCUACCAUCCAAUUUGUAGAGAGCAGGUAGAGAAGGAUUUGAAGGAGUAA